AUGGGAAACAAAAAUCGACGUGUCCCCCAGGCUGCGGCCAUCGAACUGAUCCCCAAAGAACCAUCCGAGAUCGCAAACCACCCAGGAAUGGUUCUCACAGGCAACAUCUUAACAAUCACCAUCGACUACUGCAACGUAAACACAGAGCAAGAAAACUCCCAAUUCAUGACAACCCUCCUAGCGAUUCUGCCCAACUACGCACCAUAUACAAAGAUCAUUCAACUCAGCAUCCACGCGGACAUCUCCCACAACCAGAACCACAACAUCCACAUCACUCAUGUUCAGGACAUGAAAUCGAUCGUCAACGAGCUGAAUAAGUUUGGCAAACUUGUUCAAGUUCGUGUUCGUACUUUGCUUGAUUAUCAUAACUUUUCUCAGAUGAAACUUGCUGCUGCGAUGUAUGGUCUGAAUAAGGGAUAG